ACGGCGCUAAAAUUUAACGGCCGUGUUUUUCUGGCUUUUCCUUCUUCUGGUUAAACCCUCGGCGCUGUGAAGGCGGAGCAAGGAUGGCGACGACGACGGCGGAGACGCAGGGAGUAUUGUCAACGAAGGAGGCCGACAUUCGGAUGAUGUUGGCCGCCGAUGUCCAUCUCGGCACCAAAAACUGUGACUUUCAGAUGGAGCGUUACGUCUUCAAACGCCGGAAAGACGGAAUUCACAUAAUUAACAUCAUGAAGACAUGGGAAAAGCUCUAUCUUGCGGCUAGGGUCAUUGUUGCCAUCCAGAAUCCAAAGGACAUAAUUGUCCAAUCGGCCAGAUCUUAUGGCCAGAGAGCUGUUUUGAAGUUUGCUCAGUAUACUGGAGCUCAAGCUAUUGCUGGGCGUCACACUCCGGGAACAUUUACCAACCAGAUGCAAACUUCUUACAGUGAGCCUCGCCUUCUUAUCCUCACUGAUCCCAGAACUGAUCAUCAGCCAAUCAAGGAAGCUGCUCUUGGGAAUAUCCCCACAAUUGCUUUCUGUGACACUGAUUCCCCAAUGCGCUAUGUUGAUAUUGGCAUCCCAGCAAACAACAAAGGGAAGCACAGCAUUGGUGUUCUGUUCUGGCUCUUGGCAAGGAUGGUUCUGCAGAUGCGUGGCAGUAUUGCUCCUGGUCACAAUUGGGAUGUGAUGGUGGAUCUUUUCUUCUUUAGGGAGGAAAAAGACAAGGAAAAAGAGGAUCCUGAAGCUCCCGCCGCCCAAGAUUAUGACUACUCGAGUGCUGCGCAUGGUGGUGAGUGGACAACGAACCAGAUUGCAGAUUCCCAAUGGAAUCCUGACCUAGCCAGUGCUGCUCCGGCCGGGGAUAGUUGGCCUGCGGGCAAUGCAUCUACUUGGGAAACUGUUGACGCCCCGAGUGCCGUGCCUCAGGGCGUUGUUGGCGAAGUCGCUGCCGCCUGAUGGGAUUAAAAUCUACUGUUCCUUCAAGAGCUUGUCGCAGGUCUGUCGGAUUGGUGGGUGCGGUGGUAUGCCACAUUCUGUAAAAGUCGACCACUAUCAUAUUCAAUCUAUUCCAUAAUCAUACACAAAGGUUGACAGAAUUAUUGAGAGUCUGAAAGAACAACGGAAAUAGUUCAUUAAAAUAAAAAUAUUACGGAGUAUAUAUUAUUCUUCGUUUGCAAUAUUAAUAUUCCACCGCACGCCCAUUUUCACCAAAAACUUUGAUAGAAUAAUCAAAGUCAGUUACAUAAUGAAAAUUAAGAAUAUGAAUCUCCUCCAGAUUAUAGGCCUCAACUAUUCUAGCCAGCCCUCCCCAAAAAAGAGGUUUCCUUGCUCACAUACUUCAAUUUUCACUUCAAAAGGGUUUGCGGAAAGAGGGUCAAAAAUCCUGAUGACAUCGCCAUCAUCGUACCUUGGACCAUAGGCAAUCAUAUUAACGUAUUGUGGGAUUAAGGUACGCUGAUGGCGAUGUCAUCAGGAUUUUUGGCCCUCUUUCUGCAAACCCUUUUGAAGUGAAAAUUGAAGUAUGUGAGCAAGGAAACCUCUUUUUUGGGGAGGGCUGGCUAGAAUAGUUGAGGCCUAUAAUCUGAAGAGAUUCAUAUUCUUAAUUUUCAUUAUGUAACUGACUUUGAUUAUUCUAUCAAAGUUUUUGGUGAAAAUGGGCGUGCGGUGGAAUAUUAAUAUUGCCAACGAAGAAUAAUAUGUACUCCGUAAUAUUUUUAUUUUAAUGAACUAUUUCUGUUGUUCUUUCAGGCUCUCAAUAAUUCUGUCAACCUUUGUGUAUGAUUAUGGAAUAGAUUGAAUAUGGUAGUGGUCGACUUUUAUAUUGUGCGAACUUCACUUCCGCACCACCCGAUCCUGGUUGGAAUGACCGGAUCGGUCGGUAUCUAGGGACUAUCUACUACAUUUUGUCAGCCUCUUAUACCAUUUUUGUUUGUGUUUGGCAGUGCAGUUUUACCCUGCGCGGGGGAGAGAACCCAAUUUAUAGUAGUACUCUUUCUAUUCAGAAUUGAAAAUAUAUCAAACAUGAGAGUUUCAUAUAUUUAUUUUUUGAAAUAGAAGUUAGGAUACAUU